AUGAGCGAAUGUGGAGUCGACAAGCCACUUAACGACUGGUUCCGCGACUAUCUAACCGGGCGCUCAUAUCGUGUCAGGGUUGGAGAUGCGCUCAGCGCGAUGACGGCGGUACGCUGCGGGGUACCGCAGGGCUCGGGGUGUGGUCCCGUGAGCUACCUAAUGCACGUUAACAGCCUGUGUGGUGCACUGCAGCACUGCACAGCGCACAUGUUCGCGGAUGACCUCUGCAUGCUGCUCGCCGGCGCUGACCUGGCGGAACUCCUAUCUUUGGUACAAUGUGAUGUGGACGCGGUCGUUGAGUGGUCGCACGACAACGGAAUUCUAUUGAAUACCUCUAAAACUAAAUAUAUGUUAAUACACUCUCCCUAUAUUGAUCUUUCCAAACAACCAUCAGCAUUGCCUAUAACAGCUCAUUCUUAUUCCUGUAUUCAUAAUAAAAAUAUAUACUGUACUUGUGAACCCAUAGAACGUGUAAAUUAUAUAACCUACCUUGGAGUUAUUGUAGACGAUCGUUUUUCCUGGACACAACAUGUCAAUUACAUAUGCAUGUCAUUCCUUCUAAUUUCCGAAACUGAUUGCCACAUGGAGCCUCUUAUCGACGACUUGCCGAAGAUAGAAAACAUGACGUGCACGUGUGAAAGAGUAUACGUUCCUAUUUGCGCUUCGGACAACAGGACUUACAUAAAUGAAUGUUAUUUCAACUGUAUUAAUCAGUAUAACUUGAAUAUGACUAUUAUGUGGUAUGGGCCCUGCGUCUCAACUAAAUUUGAUACAGUGGACUUAGAUUACAUAGCCCAGUAUGACAUUUACAAAUAUCCCUGGUCCUAA